GGUGCAGCUCCCUUGGGCUAAAUUGAGGUGUUCUUUGGAACAGUGAACCAAACCACCAAAGUAAAUGGUUGUGUGUCAUGAUCAAUGGGUCAGAAGAGGAGCAAUGAGCUGAAAAGUCAGUUACUGAUCUACUCAUAAUGGGUUCUGAAAAAGAUCCAUUGAUGAAGGAGCUGGAGGAGGAAUUAAAACUGAGCACUGAUGACCUUCGCAGCCAUGCUUGGUUUCAUGGUCCUAUUCCACGGCAGGUAGCAGAGGCACUAAUGGAAAGAGAUGGAGACUUCCUCAUUCGAGAAUCUCACUCCAGCCCUGGAGACUACGUGUUAAGCUGCACCUGGAAGCAUGAACCUCUCCAUUUCAAGAUCAUUCGUGUGGUCCUCCGGCGUAAGGAGUCCUAUACCCGUGUGCUCUUCCAGUUUGAACAGGAGAGCUUUGAUAACCUCCCAGCACUAGUGCGGUUUUAUGUAGGAAACCGCAAGCCAAUUUCUGAGGACAGUGGAGCAAUAAUUUUUCAUCCAAUAAACCGCGUUGUCCCCUUGAGAUGCAUUGAAGAAAAAUACAGAGGAGCAUCAGAUCAAAGAAAGCAUGAGAUUGAAUUGACAACCAAAAGCCCUGAUCAGAAUAAAAGAUUCAGCUUAAAUCUGUCUGAAGGAGUAUCUUUGGACCAGCUGACUGCGGAUGGAAAUCUUUUAAGGAAUAAGGACAAAAGUGGCAGUCAUCCAAAUAUUCUGGACUAUGGGAAUGACAAAAAGCCAUUGCAGUCUGCCCAGUCCGACAGCUACCUUUCAGGAGGACCCAAAGACGUUACUGGAGCAAACGGAACAUACAAAUCAGUACGUCCGUCAUCACUAAUGUAUAGAACAGGGAGUGACCCACUAAUCAACCCCAAAGUAUUCCUAAAACGCUUUGGCUGCCAGAAUAGUAUGGUACUGAGAGGUUCUGAUGGGCAGUUACACUGCAAGGCUCCCCCAAAACCACUCAGAAUUCCAUCUGCCAUGAUUCUGGACACAGUAAUGGAUCCAACUUUGGAUGGAAAUGUCUAUUGUGAGCUAGUGCCACAUGUUCCUCAGGCUGGUCAGAUCCACACUCACAUGGAGAGGUUACGAACCAUGGAGCGAUUAAAGAGCCGGAUCCGUAGGACAGACACUGAUUUUAGUCUUCUGGAUUUGGAUGCAUAUUCAGCUUCAAUGAAGACCCACCGUGAAGAAGAUAAUGAAGAUGAUGAUGGGGACUGGUCAUUCAUGUGGCCUCAAAUUGAGACCACAAGUUCAUUUAAACUUGAUAGUUUUACUUCCAUCUUACUUCCUGUUGACAACAAACCUCUUGAUCCAUCUGUGCUUAGACGCCUCAAAGAAAUAUUUUCUGAACAUGAUGCAAAAACUACAGCACAACAUAUUCUGAAAGUGGACUGUGAGGUUGCUCGGAUCGUCAACGUAUCCUUGGAACAGAAGAUGAUGAUGGGAGUGAGCUCAGGGCUGGAUCUGAUCACAUUACCCCAUGGGCACCAGCUGAGGAUGGACCUCCAGGACAGACAUUAUUUAAUAGCCCUGGGCAUUGCUGUGGACAUCUUGGGCUGCACAGGAAGUGUUGGACAAAGGUCUGCGGUCCUUCAUAAAAUUAUCCAACUGGCUGUAGAGCUAAAAGACUCCAUGGGAGAUCUCUUCGGACUUUCAGCCAUUAUGAAAGCAUUGGAGCUGCCCCAGAUCGUGCGUCUUGAGCACACGUGGAGGACUCUGCGCCGGAAUCACACUGCUUCUGCUAUCAAGUUUGAAAAAGAGCUCAAACCCUUUGCAAAAUCCUUGAAUGAGGGAAAAGUUGAGCUUCCUCUGCAAAAUACCACUGUUCCACACAUUCUGCCCAUCAUUAUGCUGAUGGAGCGCCAAUCAGUGUCUGAUGUUCUGGAAACGUGGGAUAACAUAGAUCAGGGUUGCACAAUGCUGCUUAAGACACUGGAGGCUGCUCGUAAUGUGACAUUGAAUGCUGCAACAUAUCGGGCCAAUGCAGAGGCCAAACUGAAAGAUUUUCACGCUAAUGAUGAAUUGUUAGAGGCUUUCAAGACCGAAUUUGCUUUACGAUUGUUCUGGGGCAGCAACGUAACUGAUAUUGGUCGGACUGAGAGAUAUGAAAAAUUUGAUCAAAUCCUGAGUGCCUUGUCACGGAAACUAGAACCUCUGGGACCAUCGGAAAUAUAGAUCAGAAUUGUGGACCCUUGUUGUUAUAAGCAAAUAGCUGUUGAUACCCUCAUGACGUUACUGAACAAAGUGAAAACAUCAAGUGUGCAUCCAGCAUCACACAUGGGAUACGUUCUUAUCUUCAGUUCAUUCAUCUCCUUUCUCAAUGAGCAAAUAUUACUUUACUUUGUGACCACGGAAACCUUCCUUCUUUGAUUGUAGCUGCCAACUCUGUGACCUCUACCACCUAGAAGGAUGAGGUUGAUGGUCAAAUCAAAAGAACACUACGUCUAGGUAUCCUUCUAAGUCAUGUGCUACCCUGACUCAUAUGUAUGAGUGAUAGCCAUGUUGCUGGGUCAAAAUAUUGGAACUCCCUACCUAAUAACAAGAUGUGAGUGAACUUUUUUAAAAAGUCACUGCACAGACUGCAGUGGUUCAGGAAGAUAAUUCAAUAUCAUCCCCUCCAGACCAACUACAGCUUCACAAUAAAUAUCCACUUUAUCAAUAAUGUCCACAUUUCAAGAGGCUUUUAAAAAAUUCUUUCGGUUUUUCAUGUACAGUACAUCCUGCAGAGGGACCAGUAUUGCUAUUUUGAUUCUUCCUAGUGGGGGAGAUAAGUACAAAGCAAAAAAAUCUAGUUUUGUAUUCACUGAACCUGAACCUGAACAGAACUCAUCACCUGCUUGUAGCUGACUUGGAACAACAAACUAUUCUGGGUUAGAAUAAAAUAAAUAGAACAUUAUGGUCAGUAAAUGCUUCACAUGUGAAUACAACUGGUAACAUUGCAGAUAUAUCAGGUCAUGACACUGAACGUGAUGGAGCCAAGUUACUCCUGAUUUACUCGCACCGUACUAUCAAGAUUUCUGUUUCACUUCACGCUUUCCAUAAUCUAAUGAUGGCUCAACAAAAUGCUUUGUAAAUAUUAACCGCUUCUAAAAUGCACUGCCUGCCUUGGGAGCUGACAGAAUGUCAAAAGACCAGUGGACAAUUCAGCUCUGCCUUAAUUAGACAUCAACCUCUCCUUAAAUAUGUUUACAGAUUCACUGCGUUAAACUGUCUGCAUUUGUGAUAAAAAAAAAUUCUUGUGCCAGUCAGGUGCCACUAUUAGGUGGUAUGACCUUCAGAAUUAAAAUAUCCAAGAUUUUGGGACAAAUUUGACUUCUGCCAUCUUUACACAGCUUCUGGGAUUUGAUGCAUCCUCCACAGGUUAUUAGGUUUAUAGCAAUGAAAACAUCUCUAAAGGUUAAAGUUCUAAAAACAAAUUACAGACUAAAAUGGAAGUAAUUGAUGUAUUACAAAACAUUCCAGUCUUUUCACAGCUAGCACUGUUUAAGAGAUUCUUAUGCUAGUUAAACUGUUGUACUCACGUGGAUUCUAGGACCUUAAACAAGAUACACCCACAGGCUCCAGGUUCCAAAAUCGAUAGGGGAGGAGGCAGGGUUGGAGUGAAUAGCAGACAGUUGUACAUAUUGGACAAUUCAUCUAGAGGCUUGAAUGGCUUGGGCCGUAGUGAGGAAGUUGGGGAAAAUCGCAUUAGAAGUCAGGCAAGACAUUUCUUGCCAUCAAGAGCAAUUCACUUCAUUUUCAAACAGAGUUCCAGGCAUUGAUUGUGAUGAGAUGCCAAUUAUUGGGAAUUAUUGCUUGUUGUCAGCCUUGUCAACUGCAAAUCUUGCCUCUAAAGGUGUAGCUUUCCAUCCUACCGCCAUCCACAAGCAAACAGGACGUGGACAGUUUCCGACAUGAAAGUCAGAGCAGGUCCCUGGCGACUUUCAGUUCACGUUUCCUCCUGUGGGUUGCCAAAUGGACACCUGACUACGUUGUCCCAGGGCAUACUCCAACUCCAAGCAUCCCACAUCCACUGGCAUCCAACACCUCUUAGGAACCUUAUGGCACUUUUCCAAUCCGCUUAUAGGAUGUGUCCGCACUUUAAAGCUAUACCAGCAACCAGCAUUGAAGAGUUGCUGCAUAGAAACUUUGUACCUGCCCCUGUGCACGCAGGUCUCGAAUUUAUCAGAUUGCAUCUCAGAGAUGUUCUCUUACCCCUUUGAGCCUCACUUGACAAUAUCCAUGCCUGGGCUGACAAUUGGCAAGUAACAUUUAUGCUACACAAAUGCCAGGCAAUGCCCAUAUCCAAUAAGAUACAAUCUAAUUACAACCCCUUGAGAUUCAGAUAUGUUAUCAUCUCUGAAUACCCCAUUAUUAACAUCCUUGAGGUUACCAUUGACCAGAAACUCAAAUAGACUUGCCAAAUAAACAGUAGCUAGAAGACUGAGUCAGCAGCUAGGAAUACUACGGCAAGUAAGUUAGUUCCUGACUCCCUAAAGCCUCUCUAUAAGGCACAAGUCAUGAGUGUGAUGGAAUACUCUCCAUUUGCCUGGAUGAGUACAGCUCCAAGAAGCUUGACACUAUUCAGGAUAAAGUUGCCUGCUUGAUUGCCAUUACAUCUAUAAGCAUCCACUCCUUCCACCACCAACACUCAUUAGCAGUGUAUUAUUUAUGAGAUGUACUGCAGAAAUUUGCCAAAGAUCUUCGUACAGCACCUUCCAAACCCACAACAACUCUGUCUAGAAGAACAAGGGCAGAAGUUGCAUGGAAACAUCAAGACCUGCAAGUUCCCCCUCCGUGCCUCUCGCCAUCCUGACUUUGAAAUAUAUCACAAAACCUUCAGUGUUGCUGGAUCAAAAUCCUGGAAUUCCCUCCUUUAGGGCAUUGUGGGUCAACCUACAGGUGGAUUGCAGUGGUUCAAGAAGCUCACCGCCACCUUCUCGAAUGCAACUAGGGAUGGGCAAUAAAUGCUGGCCAGCCUACAACGCCCACAUCCCACAAGUGAAUUGAAUUAAAAAAAAACUCACUUUGAGCGCAUCUGGAUGUUCACUAUACCCCUGAUUUGCCUUGACCCUUCAGCUGGACCUGCCACAUUCACAUUACUUCUGUCUUGCUUUGUUGUUUAAUGCAAACACAAAACCAGGAUUCUUGUCAUGACUGUCAACAGGCUUUAAUCAAAUCAAGGAGAACAGCUUUCAGCCAGAAGGUCCCAGUACAUUAAGUCCAUGGCUGCCUCCAAUAUCAGUACAAAAGUUUGGGCACGUUAAAUUGGCCACGAGGCAGUCAGCCUCAGGAUCCUCUCCUCAGAGGGGCUCUUUCUAUUUGACUGUAGGCUGUUUCCUGCUAGAGUAAGCGAAAUGGAGAGAUCGAGUGAGAUGAAAGUAGGUGGCACAGUUGUUAAUGCUGGUACAGGUGAGGGAUAGUAGUGAGUUGUCCAGUGCCAAUGAGUGUACAGUGCAGGGAGCAGACUGGGUUGAUGGCAAUAGGAAUUAAGGUGGGUGAGAGCGAGUGAGGGAAGAUGUUGCUUCCAAAAGUGAGAGCGGCAGAACGUGAGCCUUGGUUGCAGAGAUAGAGAGGGUGUGGUAGCAGAGAGACAGUGGUGGCUGUUACCCUGGAGCAGUGGAACAGGUAAUUCAACAGUGCUGGGCAUUCCUCUAGGCAAGAGAUAGUAGGAAUUGCCACUGCUGCAGUCAAAGAUAACACAGUGUGAAGCAGGAGUAACACAGCAGGCCAAGCAGCAUCAGAGGAGUAGAAAAGUUGACAUUUCCAUUCAGGACCCUUCUUCAUUUUCUGAAGAAGGUCCCAACCCAAAAAUGUUAAUUUUCCUACUCCUCUGAUUCCUCUAGCAAGUUGUUUUCAACAAGUGUGCUGUGAGAACUGCCCAAGUGUGCUGUGAAAUUUCGUACAAAGGUAAUUAAAAUCAAUGUAAAACAUUGUUUCAGCUUAACCAAUAUUCUGUCCAACCAAAAUUACAGCUUUUGAAACUCAUGAAAAACAAUCAGAUCAAAAGUGCGGGAUCGGUGUGUUUGAUUCUAAAAUAUGAACAUUCUGAAUGCAUGUGGCCAAAGGGCAAAAUUGAGAUUAUGUAGAAGAAAAAGUGCAUGUGCUGUGGAAUUGUUUGUGACAUUGUGACAUUACUAAAAAGGUCAGGAACCACUGCCCUGGACAGCAGAGUCCGUACUGAGCCAGUAGCAUCCUUGGCCAAGGCUGGCAGGAUUUGGUGCAGUGGCCUCCGCUUAUGGUACUGCGGCGAGAGGUUGGUCCUUCUCCACAUCACUCCAUCCACCAGAUCCCGGCCCACAAAGCGAGGUGCCAAUUUCGCCUGCUCUGAGAAGUCUAGGGGAAAUAGAAUUCACCAUGCAUAGCAGAUUCAGACUGACAGUGUUUGUCUGGGUGCACAAUAACCUUUUAAAGAUUUCACUGUUAGCAAGGACUUUGGCCGAAUCCUGAAUAUGAGUUCUUCUGGAUAUGGUGGGUAACAGAAUCUGGCUAGCAUCAGACGAGAGGGACACUUUGGGACUGUGUUGGUGGCUAAUGAGAUGGUUUUGGAAUGAUAUGGCAAGAAAUCUAGUCAGGUGUCAUGGAGAGAUACCAUCCAUGAAAUUUGAUGAAAUUGACAAUUAUCUAAAAUAUGAACAAUGCAGUCGUUAAAAUAAUAGUGGAAACAAUAAGCUAGUCCAUCAAGUUUGUUCCCCACUCUCUCCUUUCUCUAAUCUCACAGCCAAAUUAUUGAGGGGAUAGUUGGAGAAGAUCUCAGUUUGAAUCUAGUACGGUGCAGAGUUAACUGAUUCAGCAGUAAGGAUCCAUCAACAGAAAACUUGGGCUGUACCAUGUAUUCUGCGGUUGAAUUGUUUUGGCAAAAAUGUUAAUCAGUUGUGCAGAAUGCAAGACUGAAUCCACAACAAACAAGGUUCUGAUAUUUAAACAAUUGAGCUGCACAUUUGAAGCAUUAUUUUGUGAUGGAAAUUAAUCAGAAGCUGAUCGUAUUCUUUACGCAUUUGUGGGAGACUAUUCAGUCAUAAAAAUCACUGACGACACUGAAGUGUUGUAGACUCACCCAGUACAUCACUGCCAACAAUACAGUUGCAAUGGUUCCCUUCCCUUAGUGACCAGACAAGAAUGUGCAUGUGAUUAAAGGU